GAGGAGAAGGCGGGCCAAUGUGGUGCAGUCUUGACGGUAGGCAGUUAGCGUAGGGCCUGGGCAUGAUGUGGCCGUCGCUCCAGCAGUGGGACCGCGCGUCUUCCCUCCCACCAGCAGCGAGCGAGCACGAGAAAAGCAGCAAUUUACGAGCGCUGCAAAUGUUACCGCACAUGAAACCCGGGCCGAGGAAAAAAUCUGCCAGCAGCCACAAAGCCUGGCCCUGCUUCGGCCUUCUUGCUCCGAUGUUCGCCCCCGGCUCGGCUCCUCCGAUUUAUCCGCUCCGUUCAAUUAUUGCGCCCGGCGAUUCUGCUCAUUGCUGCUGGUGUCACCACUGAGCUCAUCCUCUCUUCCGAGUGCUCUGCUCUGUGAUCAGUGUCUGCGUGGACUGCGGGUUUGGAGGGUCGAAGGUUACGAGUUUGAUAGGCGGGACUUGCGGAUGACAGUGCGCUGCUGGUGCUUGUAACUAUCUGCAAUCGAACAGGUUUCUUGGUCCGCUUGCGUUGAAUUGCUUCUCGGAGGAUUUUGGUGUACAGAUAUAUUCAACACACGUUUAUGUUUGUGUUUUUGGGAUGAGAUUUCUGAGGCAGGGCUCUGGAGGCCACCAGAGAUUCCUCCUCCUUGUCUGCAUGGAGCUUCGGUGAGCUCGAAUCGCUUUUGAAUCCGGCCUAGCCCAUCUAUUGCACGGCAGUGCCUUUCUUUGCGAUAGCCAUUAUGGCGCUAUUGGGUGCCGCAUGGUCAGGGGGCUGGUUCUGCGUGGAGACGAGCGGAGGGCCGUCAAAGAUUACAACCGAUGCUCGUUUGAAGAAAAACGUUUUGUUUGUGGCCGACCACUUGAAGACAGCUGCACUAUUCGGAAAUGUAAGAAGGGUAGCAUGUUUUUACUCUGAGAGUUGGGAUGUAAGGCUAGUUAGAAGUAACGCAGGUUUCUUUUCAAGACAGAACUGCCUGUGGCGACUGGGCAUUAGUUUCUAUCCAUCUUCACCGCCGAAGAAGUACCGGUUUAUUUCUCAAUCCACUCGCAGAGUUGCAAAGGGGGAUAAUUGGAGAAGCGAAUUUCGUGAGGCUACUGAGACCAGGAGCUUAAAGGUAUCCAAAUCUGUUAAUGCUCCUGCCAAUCUUACCAGCAACCCGCAAAAUGGUUGUAGUUCAGGGCUACCUAAGAUUGGACCCACAGUUGAAAAUGAUGAUCUUGAAGCGGCGAGGCUUCCAUUAGAUAAAACAUCUGGAGAACAUCGAAGUGGAGGUGAUGUGAAGGUAAUAGGCGUUGGCGCAAGGGCCUGUGCUAUCCUCAACUUCUGUCAGCAAACUUCUAUUCUCCCCUCGGCGCAAUUCUGGAUGUAUGGCUCUGAUUCAGCUCUUCAGAAUGUCCAGCUAUCUGAUCAUCUUGAAGAUUCACAAUUAUCUUCGGACGCUGCUGACUUGGCCGGAAAACAAAAUGAUCAAGUCAACCGGGACAAGAACUUGAAUACUCUUUAUCUCGUUCUUGGAGCUGGAACUGGCGCCGGAUUAGGAACUGCACCCAUGCAGCUGGCAGCUGCCAGGUCCAAGGGAUGGCUAGCGGUUGGCAUAUUUAUUCAACCCUUCAUGUUCGAAGGUCAAAAACGCUUAGAACAGGCAAAUCAGCUUGUUGAGAACUUGGUAGACUGCACAGACCUGGUUUUAGUGGUGGAGCAGGAUGCUCUCCUGAGGGGCGAGGCAGUAACUGUGUCAGACGCCACAGAGAUGGCCAACAAUGCAGUACUCAUGAGCAUCUCCGCCAUUUCUGAUAUUCAAUCGGGAAAGUUAGAUGUGAAUCUUGCUCCAGAAGACCCUAGCAGUACUGCAGAUGAUCGGAGAAAGUCGUUACAAAACACAGGAAAAGCAUGGCUUGGAUCAGGAAAGGGCCAUAAUCUGAGGGAAGCCAUAGAAAAGUCUCUUGGCGACUCUCCCGCUUUUGACAGUCCAUUUGUGGGAGGUAAGGUGUCAGUUAUCUGCGCCGUAGCGAGUGUAGUUGGGCAAACAAAAGAAGAAUUGAUUGAAGCUGAGUCGGUUUUACGGCAAAUGCUGGGCUCAGAAAUACAACUGAUUGCGAAAGCAAUAAUCAACCCCUCACUGGAGCAGGGUGUGAUCCUAGCUACGGUAAUUAUUAGAAGGGUGGAUAUUGGAAGCAAAUUACGAGGUGGAAACAUCGUUAAGAAUGUAAUUUCACUUUCGACUGAAGUCAGUGGAAGAGACACUCCAUCCAGGUUACAGUCAAGUGGAACCAUUGCCCCGACAGGUGUACGGAGUGCAUCUAGUGGUAGUCCAUCGCGUGAAAAUUUACAAGAAGGAGGCUUGCCGAAUAACUCUGUAUCCAAUGUUAGUAUGGAAGUAGCCAGAGAUAGCAGGUCUUUCAUACGGCAAGAAGCCAUCCGAGUUGAACCCCUGAAUGCAGAAAUCAACGCGGAGGAAAGUUCAAGCUCACUUAAGGAGAGUCGUAAGCAGCACAGUAGAUCUUCGGUGAAAAAGGCAACGGUUCGAUCCUACAGAACGACGACCAGAGAGGAGGUCAGGAAAGUUGACUCUAGACAAGGUUCACCCCAAGCACCUCUGGCUAGCUCAGCUAGUAAGAGGUCAUGGUUAGCGCUGGGUUGGGAAUCAGGUCCUAGCUCUGCUGUUGCAGAGGCAUGGGCUCAAGCGAGAGCUGAGGCAAGGAGACCUGCAAAGGUUGUACCCGUUUCGAAUGUGGCUUUACCAGUGGGGGUCAGGUUAAGGAAUGACAAACCUCAAGUUAGUCCAUUUGAAAACUAUGACUAUUCUGUAGAAGCGGACGGUACGGACCGGUGGGCAGCUAGAGAACCAGUCCCUGUAGAUCCUGAUGCAGUCCCCCGAAACAGGAUGAUGGAUAUGGGGCUAGGGGCUGUAAUGGAUAUGUAUAAUGCUGCUUCUGCUUUAGUACUGGGAAAGGAGACAACCGAUCAGAGGAAUAAGCCUUCUCUCACGCAACGGGCAUCGUCGAUGCUGGAGAGCGAACGAAGUCAAAAAAAACUUACGCCGAUGGUCGAAAUGGAGUUCAAAAAUGGCACCUACCGAGGUCGUUGCCUGACUGGGCUGCCUGAUGGCAAGGGACGGCUGACCUUCCCUGACGGUGGUUUUUAUGAUGGUCAAUGGAAGCAAGGUAAACGUGCCGGUGCUGGUGCGUUUUAUUAUGCAAACGGCGAUCUUUUCCAAGGUUCCUGGAAAGAUGACGUGAUGCACGGAAAGGGUUGGAUGUAUUAUCAUAAUGGAGAUAGGUUAUACGCGAAUUUCUGGAAGGGAAAGGCACAUGGUGAAGGUCGUUUUUAUGCCGCACAAGGGGACGUCUUUUUCGGUCAGUUUCGGGAAAACUGGCGUCAUGGAGAAUGUCUUCAUAUCGAAGCAUCAGGUGUUAGGUGGGCGGAGAUCUGGGAAAAUGGGAUAUUUAUUUCAAGGACACCUGAUGAUUCAUAACUGAUGGGGCAUCUGCACAUGGAUGCGGGAAUAGAAAGGUGCAUACAAGUAUCAAGGCUGCUGUUUCGGUCCUACAUCAUCUGUGGACUCUUUAGGGUCAUGAAGGAAGUGGUGACACAAAAUCCGACUUUUAUUGUUUAUGAGGUGCAAUAUUGACAAGAGUGUCAAUAUGAUCUGCGGAGGUGGAGCUUGAAUUGCUGCUGCCGUUGAGGAAAACAUGCAACAGAAGGCUACUGCUCGAGUUGUCAUGCAACAGAGGGAAAUCGUGUAAGGAACACUGGUUGAAAGCCAUCACAAUCUUUGAGUACAAGAUUCAUGGCAAUAGAUUAGCUUUAGCAAAAGAUGUUUUUAGUCCACAACUUGUGGCUGUCCACUAUUUCUACAACAUCAGAAAAAAACAAACUGCAGGCAGUCAUGCAGUUUGCUGCCUUAGAGAUCUUUUUCUCAGUUUCUACUUUCUUUCGGGGUUGUGCAGUACCCAAUAUUGUAGGGUGUGUGACCCUUUCAAUCUUCACAGAGUUAGCGUAGGUUAUGUAUAGAACGAGUUUCACUGAGGAAUGCAAUCCAGCGAAGUCAAGCUUGAAGAUGACCCAGGAGGCAAUGGUUGCUUAGUACUUGGGCUGUACCAGUGCGUUCUUUUGUGUGUAGAAAGAUGACAUGCUCCAAAUAGCACACUUCAAAAAGAUGACUCAUCAUAUGUACGCCUCAGUUUAUCCAGGUAAGUCGGCCAUUUACGUGUCUCUGGUUCGUGCAUCGAAUCUUGACAUCGCUGGGCCAGAAGACAUCACUGGCCUCUUAGCUGUCGUGACGUCUGGCAGGGAAAUUUCAAGUCGUGAGU